CGGUGCAAACUGAAGCCGAGCACUUCAUGCCCAACACAAUCUGUGAUAAGGAGCAAGUGAGUGAAGCAAAACUCCGCGUACCUUUGUUUUACUGCUAUAUAUUGGGUUGACAGAGCCGACAGUAAUGGCGAAGAGACGUGCCGAGGACACUCUGCUGCACGACUCUCCCUCCAAAAGAUGUUACCGCUUACUGAGCAGUGUUGACAUGCAGCUGGACAGCAUGGCUCCCGCCGGGGGUGUGAACCCGCCGUCCCUGCUGGCUUUGCUGGGCAGCCGCUGCCGAAAGAGGCCGUACUACUUCGAAGAGCCAGAGAAACAGGACGAAGCGGCUCUUUAUCGCAAACCCAGACACUGCGACACGAGGAAGCCUGCAGCUAAUGUUUUGGCGGUGAACACUUCUGGAAGUUUCCAGGACUGUCGCAGCUCGAAGUGCACGCUCACGAGCUCCAAGAAACGGCCUCGAGAUGACUGCACGGGUUCAGAGACUGUCAUUCCCAAAGCUACCGAUGAUAAAGCUGAAGACACAGACACUGAAGAUUGCACUUACAACUCCUUCCAGUACUGGAGGGUCCCCUUACCUGAAGUUAACCUUUCACUGCUAGAGGACGCCACUGACCAUUCCCAAACAAAAGACAAGUCAAAAGUUAAGGACUCCUUUUCUGAUGCCAUGGAAACCUGAAGACGACAGGUGCAUGCGAGCCUGCAAACAUGCAGUCAAACAUGAUGAAAAUGUGAUGCUUUUCAGCGGAUUGACAUCAAAAGCACAUUAAGGUUGCUUAAAAUGCAUCCAAGUGAAAUACAAAAACUGGGUGUCGCAGACUGCUAAAGUAGCCCUGUCGGUGAUAUUUAAGCUCUGAGCCCCCAUGCAGAUGUAAGAUCUCAGUGACCUUGGGGAAGUAACAUGAGAUUGCACUGUAACAAUACUUUUCUCACAGUGGUGACCAAAACUGCAGUGAAAAUUUGUUAAAACUUCUGCAAAGAGUUUCCCAUCCAUCCCCAAAUUGUAGAUAGUUUUACAUUUAAGUUUUUUAAUGGAAGUUUUCACAGCUUUGUGUUAAAAGUAUGUCAGACAGUCCUGUGUGCAAUCGUGACUAAUGUUUUUUUUUUUGCUUAGUGCAGAAUCCCUACCUUGUUACAAAGUUAGUAUUUUAUAAAUAUAUAACGUUAAAGAAAUUGGGUAUGAAAAGCUGGGUCUGCACAUUACGGUUCAUAUUGCAGUCACUCUGUAAUAUCUCAAUCUUUUUGACCCUGCUGUUUUAUGUAAUUCAUUCCAAAGUUGUUGUUUAUAGAUUAUACGACUGAGUUGUAGGUUUUGAAAAUAUA